CCAGAUUCAGUGAACUUUAAAUUGUUUUAAGGAACAUGAAAUUUUGCAUACCAAUUACAAUUUUUAUAGCUGCCAUAAUUCUCUUUGGAAAUGCUCAAAAGUUAAGCGAAGAAAUUAAAUCUGAAAUGUUUUAUGGGAAGAUAAACGAGACAUUGCGUGAACCACUAAAAAUGUAUCCAAAAAGAAUUAAAUGCAUAAUUAAGGAAUUGAAAAGUAAAAGGACGAUGGAAGUAAUUGAAUCUUUUUACAAUUUCACUUACGCCGAUAAUGGAUACAUGUGUUAUUUUGGCAAUCAUACAGGAGUAAUGAAAGUACUCCAACCGAUUAUAGAUAGUGCAAGUUUUGGAUGCACCAUAAUUGGAUUCUGUGCGAUAUUUUUAAUAUGUACCGUCUUAUUGACUGUUGUUGCUUGCGUUGCAUGUUUGCAUAAGUGA